CAGUUUUACCUUAGCACCCACCAACAUCCACUUAAUUGUCUAGGGUUUCCAACAUUUCGCUGUGCGACAUAGCUCUGCACGCAUAUUCAUUCUUUUCUGUUUUUUGUUUUUCAUCAUACAUACACAUAUUCUUUUAUGUUUUUUCAUCAAAUACCAUAUUUGUAAUUUCCGAAAUCAAUUCACUCCAGGUUUCGAGAAUAUAUUCCGAUAAUCGGAGCCUCACCGAAAUCAUAAUUGUGCGCUGAGGAAUUGCAAAAUGGUGAGAACUGUGAAAACUCACCAUGAAGAUGACGAAGAGGACGAUGAGGAGUUUUCUUCCAGAACUCCUGAUGGCUCUUCUCAAAAGGGGAAGAGCAAUGAUGGGAAGGGAAAUUCUCAUCGCUCAAAGCAUUCUGAGACGGAGCAGCGAAGGAGGAUCAAAAUUAACGAGAGAUUUCAGGCUCUAAGGAAUCUCAUACCUGAAACUGAUCAGAAGAGAGACAGAGCUUCAUUCUUGUUAGAGGUUAUACAGUAUAUCCAGUUUUUACAAGAGAAAUUGCAGUGGUAUGAGGGAGCCCACCAAGGAUGGAGCGCAGAACCCUCGAAGUUGAUGCCAUGGAGAAGCACUUCUGGGCCUGUAGAAGGCUUUGUAGAACAGUCUCAAAUAAUCAGAAAUGGCUCUACUCAUGAAGAUAAUAUUGUCAUUAACCCGACGUUACUUACAAGUGCACAGAACUCUGUAGAACCGAACUUGAGUACCGCUGCUUUAUAUACAGAUGAUCCCCAUAUGGAAGCGAAUGAAGCAGUUGCCUUUAACAUGCCACUGCAGUGUAAUCUAUUUGAAAAUGCGUCCAUUCAACCUUCUCGAUCGUCUCCUGAUGCUGAGCAUUGUGCUUCCCAGCCGCAAUCAUUAUAUUGGCCAGGUAAACAGGAUGCAAUCGACUCUGAUGUUCCGAGCUAUGGUAGAAAUGAUCAGGAAGAAGUGAAAGUUGAUGGUGAAGAAGCUGGCAACUCAAAUGUGUAUUCUCAAAGGUUGCUGAGCACCUUAAACCAGACACUAGCAUCUAUGGGAGUCGAUUUAUCACAGGCCAAUGUUAAAGUACAGCUUGAUAUUGCAAAAUGCCCAAGUAGUGGAGAUAAUUAUGAUCACGCUCGUAAAAGGCUUAGAACAGAAAGUAGCAUGUGAUUGUCACUCUAGCAAGAUGAUUCCGCUCCUAAUUUUUCUGAAUCAUAGGUGUAGGUUUGUUGGCGAGACACUUGAAGAGGUCGGUGCCUGUGGACGAAAUGGUUCACAAAAGGCUUCUUGGUUUACUGUGCAUGCUGAUGGUCUUUCAUCUGCUGGGCUGCUCAAAUCAUUCAAGACUGCUGUAGUAUUUUUCUUUUUCAUCGCGUCUUCUUUUCCCCAUAGGAUAAAAGGCUUCCAUUUGAGUAUGAGAAGCUGCAUUUCAUUCUUAAGGGUAUUUGAUUUAGAAGUUAAAUCUUAGCUCACUUUCUUUUCCUGUUUCUCAGUCGACUUGUAAAUAUCUGUCAGUUUGGUUUUAGAAACUUUUCUAUUACCUAAUCGCAGCAUGUCGAUGUGGCUAGGGCCUGUCUAUUUAAGAUGCCUCCGUCCGGUCUGGUUUCAUAGGGAGUUUACAGAAGAAUUCCAAGUUUAGUUUCAAAUCUCAGUAUGUCGUUCCUUUUAAUUUUCCCAUUUUGAAUUUCAUAUUAUUAGUAAAUCUUUCCCAGUUUAGCUUCA